CAAAGGUUGGGCAGUGUGAGGGAAGAAUGUGCUGAUCAAGUUGAGGCUAGUUCAGCACCAUCUACCUGCAACAACUUUGUCUUGUUUUUUUGUCAUUUGUCCAGAGCAAGGUAACGGCGAUUCAUCGUGACUAGGAAGCGUGCUGACAUAAAUGGAUACAGGUUCGGAUAUGCCUUGACAGGAUGAAGGUUUAUGUAUCCUAUUAGCAAAUGAACACACGGAUCACUGCAGACCUGGAAGCAUGAUUGUACCGUAGUGUCAGCUUCAGGUGUGUGCGUCAACAACGGAACUCGUCAUACACUCAGAGGGAGAUGGGCAAAGUCAGGAUGUUUGGAGUAUACCUUUGUAUGGCAAAGCAGCAGAAAGGGACUCGGAGGUGUGCUUGGCUCCAUUAUAGCUUUUGGUGUGUUGCUUUUCUGCUGGUAUUCGGGGCCAUUUGCAUAUUCCACUUCAUCAUUACCUUCACACAGAAAUACAAUCCGCCUGUCGAUGUGAAUUCAUUCUAUGUGGCUUACCCACAUAAAUACAGCUUCCACCUGGACCAGCCCGAGGCUUGCAAGCAACACAACCCGUUUAUGGUGAUCAUCGUUCCGGUGGCACCUCACGAAGUGGAAGCACGUAAUGCCAUAAGAAGCACAUGGGGGAAUGACAGCUUGGUCCAGGAUGGAAAUGUUCAGGUUCUGUUCCUGCUGGGUUUACCGAAUGAGAGCGACUCUGAAACACAACAAGUCCGUAUACAGCAGGAGAACCAGCAGCAUAGGGAUCUGCUUCAGAGCGACUUCAUAGACUCCUACAAGAACCUGACUAUUAAAACGAUGGUGAUGCUGGAGUGGUUGAGAGAUCACUGUACCCAGGCGUAUUAUGCCGCCAAAGUGGACGCUGACGUAUUGCUAAACGUUAGCGCCCUGACACAAAUGCUGCUGAGCCCCAUUCGAUAUCCGAGGAACUACAUUACUGGACUGGUGUGGUACGAGAAUGUAGUAAUCAGAGAUCCAUCCAACAAGUUUUACGUCCCUCCUGAGGUGUAUCCCUACCCGGUGUAUCCGGCAUACCCUUUAGGAAUGUGCUACGUCAUUUCCAUGGACCUCCCAGCAAAGAUUCUGCACGUGUCGAGAAACAUUAAACCCAUUUUCAUCGAGGACGUGUAUAUCGGUUUGUGCCUUGAACAGCUCCGAAUUGCUCCCACGAGCCCUCCAAACUCUGCGCAGUUUGUGGUCAAUCCACCUCCAACAUACGACCGCUGCUACUACUUGGACCUCAUUGCUGUGAUAACGGGCAGUCCUGCCCAGCUGAUCUCCAUCUGGAUAGAUCUUCACAAACCAGGCCCAGCCUGCAAAGUGGAGAACCAUACUCUUAUAGAUUAGGAAAUUAUAGUUAAAAAAAAUAAAUAAUAAUAAUUAUCGUGUCUUGCAAUUUAGCAAAAGAGAUCUAUUUCAAAUGUGAAAAAGCACCUGGAUCAUGUUGCACAGCAAACUGUUACACUACGUCAGGUCAAAAUCAGGCUGUACAUGGUUAACUAGCUAGUUAAAUUUCUUAGCUAAUAUUUAUUACAAAAAACAAAAAGUAACAUCCAGUUUAUAUAUCAGAAAUAUAUAUUUAAUUACACUUUUGCUUUCUGCAAUUAUGUUGAAACAAGAAAUUAAAUAGAUUGUGUGCAUCUUUAACAUGUAGAUGUUACUUUUACUCUGUCCUAUUUUGCAAACACCAAUUGUAUCUAAAUUAUGACUCAGAUCAUUGCCAUUAUUACAAAUGAUUUGUUAAUGGAUUUGUAUUAAAAGACAUUAAAGGCUU